AUGGCGGAGAAACCGCCCUCGUCGGGCGCCGACUCGGUCAAGGCCGCAGGCGAUCCGGAGAAGCAGCCAUACUCAAGCGAUCGUCACCCACCAUACCUCGACCCGUCCGUCAUGGAAGAGGACUACGAGGGAAAGCCGACCGAGGAGGAGCUGGCUGUUUUACGCCGCGUGCCAGGCUCUAUCCCCAUAAUCGCCUACCUCAUCUGCGCAGUCGAGUUCUGCGAGCGCGCCUCGUACUACGGCGUCCAACCCUUGAUCAGCAACUUUGUCAACCGUCCGCUCCCCAAGGGCGGAAACGGCUGGGGCGCACCCCCCGUCGGAGACCAGCAAACCGCCGGUGCUCUGGGUAUGGGAACGGUAGUCGCCAAUGCCGUGACGCAGUCCUUCAGCAUGCUUGCCUACGCGCUCCCCCUCUUGUUCGGCUGGCUCGCCGAUGCGAAGACGGGCCGCUUCAAACUCAUCUGCUGGGGUGUGGGCGUCUUCGGCGUGGCCCACGUCCUCAUGGUCGCCGCCGGCGCCAAGGACCUCCUGGCGAACGGCACUGCCAAGGCUCCGUACUUCCUCUCGGUCUAUAUUCUCUCCAUUGGCGCUGCCAUGUUCAAGCCGAAUGUGUCGCCCCUCCUCCUCGACCAGGUUACGACCACUGUACCUAAGGUCAUCACGCUCAAGAGCGGCGAAAGGGUUAUCGAGGACCCAGAAGCCACCACGGAGCGCGUCAUGCUUUGGUUCUACCUCAUGAUCAACAUUGGCGGCUUCAUGGGUGUUGCCACCUCCUACUCGGAAAAAUAUGUCGGCUGGUGGCUUGCCUUCCUGAUACCCCUCAUUCUCUACCUGCCGCUGCCGCUGUUGCUCUGGUUCCUGCACAAGCGCGUUAUCCUUCACCCCCCCGGUGGCAGUGAUCUGCCUAAUGUCUUCAGGGUUCUCGGCGUCUGCCUCCGCCGCGGGGGCAUCAUGAGAAUCGGCCGGCACGGAUUUUGGAACCUCGCCAAGCCCUCCAACAUUGCGGCUGCGGGUCUCAGCGAGACGUACAAGACGCGCUGGAACGAUGAGUUCGUGGACGAUGUCCGCCGGACCUUCCAGGCCACGGGCAUCUUCUGCUUCUUCCCGAUCCAAUACAUCAACGACAACGGCCUCGGGUCCGCAGCCAGUUUCCUGUCGACGAUGCUCGAGACCAAUGGGGUGCCCAACGACGUCAUCCAAAACUUCAACUCGCUGAGCAUCAUCGCCUUUUCGCCCAUUCUGAACUUAGGCCUGUACCCGGUCCUCCGGAGGCUCAAGAUCCACUACGGUCCCGUCGCGCGCAUGGCCACCGGGCUGGCCAUGUCCACCCUCGGAGGCGUCGGGUACACGGUGCUGAACCACUUUGCCUACCAGCAGUCGCCGUGCGGAGAGUACGGCUCGAGCGACUGCACCAUCGGCACGGGUGUCGCCCCGAUCAGCAUCUGGUUCAUGGCCAUCCCCUACGCCAUUGGUGGCAUUUCGGAGCUGUUUGUCAACGUGCCCGCUUACGGCAUCGCCUACUCGCGUGCCCCCGUCAACAUGCGCGGUCUCGUGUCGGCCAUCAACCUCUUCAACACGGCCGUCGCCUACGCCAUCGGCCUGGCCUGCUCGUCCGUCAUCACGGAUCCGUACCUGACGUGGGACUUUGGUGGCCCGGCCAUCGCGGGCGGUGUCCUGACGGUUAUCUUCUACUUCACCUUCCGGCAUAUCGAUCAGGAGGAGUACGUGCUGAGCAAGAACGGCAACGACACGGACUACCACCUCAACAUGGAGGGCACGAAGAACGUGGUCGGCGAGAACCAGCUCAACAAAAGCUUUAACAGGCCGGCACCUAUUGCUGAUAAUGAAGAGAUGAUGAUCUCGCAGAAGCAGUAG